GAAGUGCAAUAUACCCACUUCCCAUGUUGUCAUGCAAGUACUAAUGUGAUCAUUCACAAGCUGCCAAGCCUCAGACAUGGACCGGAUGGUUUGGUUCUCUCUCCUGCUCAGCUACCUGCCAGUAACUGAGAACAAGCAAAAAGAUGAGAGCUGCUUAUCGCAGCCAAACGGAGUCAUGUGGCAGCUGAGCGGAGAAAGUGCCGUUCUCAAGUGUUCCGUCAAUUCAGAUUGUUCAGCCAAAGGCCUGCAGUACGAGUGGUUCGCCUUCAGGAGAAACGUCCAUCUUCGUCUCCGCCCGAGUAACGAGUCUCUGAAGUACAGUCUGGACGGAGCAUCUUUACACAUUAAGUCACUUCACGUUAAUGACAGCGGGAUCUACCACUGUGCUGCAGUAUCGAGUGGAGAGCCGGCACCUGGCGCCCAACAUGUAGGGUUGGGCACAACUCUUGUCGUGAGGGAACAAUUUAAAACAAUGGUGAGGCACAUUCUGUGGGUAUCGUGUGUCCUCUUGGCCACCUACAGCUUGGCCAUAUUGAUACUAAUGAUAAAGAAGUACGGCUGCAAUAUGAGCGUCUGCGGAAGUGUGCUCAACACCAACAAGAAAAACUCAGUGAAAAGAACACAGUUUCGUGAUGUGCUGCAAGAAAUGUACAGCAAAAGGAACUUGGGCAAUAGCAAAAAAACUGAGAGCAGGAACCGUUCUCAAGCCGAGGCUGCAAGCACGGAGUUCAAGAACUCAACUGAUGACGUCUAUCAAAAUGUGUUAUAAAAGGAUAUUUAAUGACAGUCUCAGACCUCCAUCUUCCGGACUGAGAGGACAUUGUAAUGCCAUGAAACACCUGAGAGACGACGCCGUUAUGUGACAGAGAAAGUGAGAGAAUCAUCAAAGGCUGCAACUAAAUCGUGUGCUUGCUCUCCUUUUUCUCACGAAGUGAGACAUAACAACCACAACACUUUUUUUCCUUUUUCUCACACAGCUCCCUCUUAAGGCAUUAGUUGUUUAAUUUAUGUUCUGUUGAUUGUAAUUAAUGUGGGAGAACUUUCAACCUUUUUGAAAACCCGAGACAGUGUGAAAAGAAAUAAAGAAAAUCCAGUUCAAUCCAGUCA